UGCACAGAGGCGGGCGGCCUCGCGGUGCCUAGGCUCGGGCGGCCGGCCUGGAUCGCUCAGACUCGCGGAGCCGGGCGGGGAAGCGCAGGCGGCGGCGGCAGGAUGAACAGCAUCAAGAACGUGCCGGCGCGGGUGCUGAGCCGCAGGCCGGGCCACAGCCUGGAGGCCGAGCGCGAGCAGUUCGACAAGACCCAGGCCAUCAGCAUCAGCAAAGCCAUCAACACUCAGGAGGCCCCCGUGAAGGAGAAGCAUGCCCGGCGCAUCAUCCUGGGCACUCACCACGAGAAGGGGGCCUUCACCUUCUGGUCCUAUGCCAUCGGGCUGCCACUUCCCAGCAGCUCCAUCCUCAGCUGGAAGUUCUGCCACGUCCUCCACAAGGUCCUCCGAGACGGGCACCCCAACGUGCUGCAUGACUGCCAGCGGUACCGGAGCAACAUUCGGGAGAUCGGAGACCUGUGGGGCCAUUUGCAUGACCGAUACGGGCAGCUGGUGACUAUUUACACCAAACUCUUACUGACCAAGAUCUCCUUCCACCUCAAGCACCCGCAGUUCCCGGCGGGCCUGGAGGUGACAGACGAGGUGUUGGAGAAGGCAGCUGGGACCGAUGUCAACAACAUCUUCCAGCUCACUGUGGAGAUGUUCGAUUACAUGGACUGCGAGCUGAAGCUCUCUGAAUCAGUUUUCCGGCAGCUCAACACGGCCAUCGCCGUGUCCCAGAUGUCCUCAGGCCAGUGCCGCCUGGCCCCCCUCAUCCAGGUCAUCCAGGACUGCAGCCACCUCUACCACUACACGGUCAAGCUCAUGUUCAAGCUGCACUCCUGUCUCCCGGCGGACACCUUGCAAGGCCACAGGGACCGGUUCCAUGAGCAGUUUCACAGCCUGAGAAACUUCUUCCGCAGAGCCUCUGACAUGCUCUACUUCAAGCGGCUCAUUCAGAUUCCCCGGCUGCCCGAGGGACCCCCCAACUUCCUGCGGGCCUCGGCGCUGGCCGAGCACAUCAAGCCGGUGGUGGUGAUCCCCGAGGAGGCCCCCGAGGACGAGGAGCCAGAGAACCUCAUCGAGAUCAGCACAGGGCCCCCCCCCGGGGAGCCAGCGGUGGCGGCUGACCUCUUUGAGCAGACGUUUGGACCCCCCAAUGGCUCUGUGAAGGACGACAGGGACUUCCAGAUCGAGAGCUUGAAGAGGGAGGUGGAGACGCUGCGCACGGAGCUGGACAAGAUCAAGUUGGAGGCCCAGAGGUACAUCUCGCAGCUGAAGGGCCAGGUGAACGCGCUGGAGGCCGAGCUGGAGGAGCAGCGGAAGCAGAAGCAGAAGGCCCUGGUGGACAACGAGCAGCUCCGCCACGAGCUGGCCCAGCUGCGUGCCGCCCAGCUGGAGGGCGAGCGGAACCAGGGGCUGCGCGAGGAGGCCGAGAAGAAGGCCAGCGCCACGGAGGCGCGCUACAGCAAGCUGAAGGAAAAGCACAGCGAGCUCAUCAACACGCACGCCGAGCUGCUCAGGAAGAACGCGGACACGGCCAAGCAGCUGACGGUGACGCAGCAGAGCCAGGAGGAGGUGGCGCGGGUGAAGGAGCAGCUGGCCUUCCAGGUGGAACAGGUGAAACGGGAGUCAGAGAUGAAGCUGGAAGAGCAGAGUGACCAGCUGGAGAAGCUCAAGAGGGAGGUGGAGGCCAAGGCAGGAGAGCUGGUGCGCGUGCAGGAGGCCCUGAGCUGCACGGAGCAGAGCCGGUCGGAGCUGAGCUCGAGGCUGGAGGUGCUGAGUGCAGAGAAGGACACACUGAGCAGUGUCCUGCGGCAGCGAGAGGCUGACCUGCUGGCGGCCCAGAGCCUGGUGCGGGACAAGGAAGAGGCGCUGAGCCAGGAGCAGCAGCGCAGCUCCCGGGAGAGCGGCGAGCUGCAGGGGCGGCUGGCGGACAAGGAGUCUCAGGAGCGGGGGCUGCAGCAGAGGCUGCUGGACGAGCAGUUCGCGAUGCUGCGGGGCACUGCCGCUGAGGCCAAGCGCAUCCUGCAGGACGCCGUGGGCAAGCUGGACGACCCCCUGCACCUGCGCUGCACCAGCUCCCCGGACUACCUGGUGAGCAGGGCCCAGGCUGCCCUGGACACCGUGAGUGCCCUGGAGGAGGGCCACGCCCAGUACCUGACCUCCAGGGCAGACGCCUCUGCCCUCGUGGCAGCCCUGACCCGGUUCUCCCACCUGGCCGCGGACACCAUCGUCCACGGCAGCGCCACCUCCCACCUGGCCCCCACCGACCCUGCUGACCGCCUGGUCGACACCUGCAGGGAGUGUGGGGCCCGGGCUCUGGAGCUUGUGGGGCAGCUGCAGGAUCAGCAGGCUCUGCUGCAGGCCCAGCCCGGCCUGGUGCGGAGCCCCCUGCAGGGCAUCCUUCAGCUGGGCCAGGAGCUGAAGCCCAAGAGCCUGGAUGUGCGUCAGGAGGAGCUCGGGGCUAUGGUGGACAAGGAGAUGGCGGCCACGUCUGCGGCCAUCGAAGAUGCGGUGCGGAGGAUUGAGGACAUGAUGAACCAGGCCCGCCAUGCCAGCUCUGGGGUGAAACUGGAGGUGAACGAGGCAGAUCCUGUUCUUUUUUCCUCAACCCUCCCGUCCUCCCAGGAUCCUCAACUCCUGCACAGACCUGAUGAAGGCCAUCCGGCUCCUGGUGACAACGUCCACCAGCCUGCAGAAGGAGAUUGUGGAGAGCGGCAGGGGGGCAGCCACGCAGCAGGAAUUUUACGCCAAGAAUUCCAGGUGGACGGAAGGCCUCAUCUCUGCCUCCAAGGCCGUGGGCUGGGGAGCCACACAGCUGGUGUAUGUUGCCCCAGGGAGUCGGCUGACAAGGUGGUGCUUCACACGGGCAAGUAUGAGGAGCUCAUCGUCUGCUCCCACGAGAUCGCAGCCAGCACGGCCCAGCUGGUGGCGGCCUCCAAGGUGAAGGCCAGCAAGCACAGCCCCCACCUGAGUCGCCUGCAGGAGUGCUCGCGUGCUGUCAACGAGAUGGCCGCCAAUGUGGUGGCCUCCACCAAGUCGGGCCAGGAGCAGGUCGAGGACAGAGACACCAUGGACUUCUCCGGCCUCUCCCUCAUCAAACUGAAGAAGCAGGAGAUGGAGACCCAGGUGCGGGUCCUGGAGCUGGAAAAGACGCUGGAGGUGGAGCGUGUGCGGCUGGGGGAGCUGCGGAAGCAGCACUACAUGCUGGCUGGGCCCGCGGGGACACCGGGCGAGGAGGAGCCCAGCCGACCCAGCGCCGCCCCCCGCAGUGGGACCUCCAAGAAGCCGCCCCUGGCCCAGAAGCCCAGCGUGGCCCCCAGGCAGGACCACCAGCUUGACAAGAAGGAUGGCAGCUACGCGGCUCAACUUCUGAACUACUAGGCCCCCCCAAGGGGUCCAGCGGGGAGGCUGAUGGGCAGGCCCGGGCCUUGUGGCUGAGGGGCCUCCGACGGGCCCAGCCCUUGCUGAGCCCCAGGGCUCAGGGCUGCCCAGCGCCGAGUGGGGCAGUUCUCCUGGACGAGAGCCUAUUUAUCUGCAACAGGAACUUCUGAGAGCAGCCAGGACCCAGCAGGCCUGAGCCACAGCUCUUCAGGAAAUACACGGAGCAUUUCUAAUAUUCUGACUUAGGUCUUUUGUGAGUUUGUGUUCAACACACUGGAAAGCAGGGCCAUUGGAGGGGGUCUUUGGAUGGGGCCUCCCCACCCUUGGGACUGAGGUUAGAGGUGAACAGAACACAGGCCGUGCUGGCUGUUGGGGACACGGGGAAGACAUCACCUGUUCGUGGCCUUCUUGGGGUGUGGAGUCCAGGGAGACGGGACCAGGUGUGGCCUUAAGUCCAAGGAGACGGGACCAGGUGUGGCCUCAGGCCAAGGAGGAUGCGCUUAGGUGGGCUGGGGUACCUAUGGCCACCCUCCCCUCGGGCCUUGCUCUAGGGCGUCCGUGACGGUGAGCACCGAGAAUGAGACGACCCUCGCCUGGGAAGAGGCGGGCCCAGCACUGCUGCUGAGGCCCGCACCCGCCGGGCACAGGUGCUGCCAUCCUCCUGGUCUGUGUCCCCACUGGAAUCCGCAGUGACCCUCCUGCCUGCUGUUUUUCAUUCCCCUGCUCUGGCUGCCCCGGCCCUCGAGGUCCCGUUCUGGCCACUCACCAUGCUCACCUCCUUCCUCCCUUUGCCUCCCCACCCCUGGGGCAUUCCAGCCCUCCUGAGGGCCUCUCCGGCUCAGCUAGAAAAAGCCCAGAAACUAGGCUUUUUCUAGGGAAGGCUGCCCCCUCUGCAGAUAAAGACAUCUCUUGCUACACAGGCAGGGGGCUGCCCUCAGGGAGCACCCCCAGCCCCGUUCAGCCCGACCCCCGAGGGAGGAGCAUUUGGAUGAAGGUGCUCUCUUUGGGCCUCUACCUCCUCCCGGGAGACGGGGAGGUCCCGGCUGGAAGGAAAAAACGAAGGAAAGACCUCAGUCAGGAGAGGAGCACAAGGCGCAGGUUGAUCUGCCUUGCGUUCAGCGUUUCCUUGUGUUGAAGUGUCCGACUGGCAAUAAAAUGCACUUUGACUGCUGUCACCAUGGCCCCACCAUGAG